GCUAAGGAACUGGGACUCCCCAAGUCAAAAGAAAAAGGCAGUGGGCUACAAUACUAUAAAUGAAACCCCGUUACCCUAAAAAGUAGCAAGCAGUGGUUGGAGGCCCCAUCCCGCCUGGGAGAUCGCGUUCGCAUCCCGGGACGAGCGACAACAAGGCCGUGGCCUUUUGAACCGAGAGGGCCGAAGCGACGAAGAGCAGCGCGAAUCCGACCGAUGCCCCAUGUCCCAAUCCCCCCGCCGUUAUCUCCUUGGCAGAACGCAAUGCCCUCCUCGAUCCCAUCCCAACCCUCUCUCCCCUCCUUGCACCAAUCCCCCAUCCCUUGUAUUAUUAAUUCCCUCCCCACUGCUCUCUUCCAACCUCCACCUCCUCUUCCCCCCCUCCUACUCUCACGAGUUACACCAAUAAACCCAUGCGCAGAGCCAUUUCCCCUUGUUUUUUCUGAUGGCGUCCUCCUCCUGCCUCAUCCUCCCCCAUUCCUCCUCCUCUUCCUCCUCCUCCUCAUCCCAUGAAACCCCUCUCCCUAUCCCCUCCACUAUUUCUACUCUUCCCCUCCUCCCUCACUUCCACCAAGAAGAAGACUUGCUCUUUUACUUGCACCUCCAGCAGCAGCAGCACCUACUAGACCUCCACCACCAACAAAAGUUUGACAAAAUGGUGCGCAAGCGCCCCGCCUCCGAGCUCGACCUCCCGCCCGACUCCUCCUCUUACCCCAACCCCGCUCGCCUCCCACGCCGCGCCAACCUCCCUUCCUCCUCCGCCGCCACCGCCGCCGCCGCUUCGGCGGCUGUACCCGCCGCUUUUAUCGGUGACCUCCAGGGUCACUCUCCUCUGAUGUUCGACCCGAGUCCCGCCCCCAACCCUCCCCCCAUCCUCUUAUCCGGCGCCGGCCCGAAUCCUGCUCCGGCUGCUCUCUUGCAGUCGCUGCCGCCUCAGCUGCCGGCUCCGCCAGCAGUGUGCGGGUUCUCCGGCCUGCCGCUGUUCCCCUCCGACAUGGAACGAGGAGGCGGGGGUGGCGCGGGCGUGGACGUGCUACAGGGCAUGAGUUCUUCCCCCAUUGGUGGGGUCUCCGAGGAGGGGACCGUCGGAGGCGCCGUCACGGCCACGGCGUGGAUAGAUGGGAUCAUCCGGGAUUUGAUCAGCAGCGCCACGGCGGAGGUGUCCAUCCCCCAGCUCAUCCACAACGUUCGGGAGAUUAUUCAACCGUGUAACCCCAACCUCGCCGCCGUGCUCGAGUACCGCCUCCGGUCCCUAACGUCGGAUUCGCCGGCCUUGCCGGCGCACUCGGAGAAGAGGCGGCGGCCGGCUCCGGCGUUGCCGGAGCUACCGCCUCCGCCUAAGAGGGUCGACCCGUCGCCGUCCUUCCCAUCCUCCGCCGCCGGAGCGUCCAGCCAGCAGCUCCCCAGCUGGGAAGAACCUAAUCCAAACCCAAAUCCAAAUCCCAGCUAUCCCCGGCUCCCCAAUACCCAGCCCCAGCAACCCCAGCCGCAGCGGAGCUCGGCCUCCACCUCGUCCGACGACGCCACGGCUGCGGCGGCGGCGGCGGCGGCGGCGGCGGCGGCGAAGGAGAAGGAGGAGAUCCGCCAGCAGAAGCGCGACGAGGAAGGGCUCCACCUUCUCACCCUCCUCCUCCAGUGCGCCGAGGCGGUUGCCGCCGACAACCUGGAGGAGGCGAACCGUUUGUUACUCGAGAUCUCGGAGCUCUCCACACCCUUCGGAACCUCGGCGCAGCGCGUGGCCGCCUACUUCUCCGAGGCCAUGUCGGCCCGCAUCGUGAGCUCCUGCCUGGGCCUCUACGCGCCGCUCCCCUCCGCCCCCCACCGGAUCCGCCUCGCCUCCGCGUUCCAGGUGUUCAACGGCAUCAGCCCCUUCGUCAAGUUCUCCCACUUCACCGCCAACCAGGCCAUCCAGGAGGCCUUCGAGCGCGAGGAUCGCGUCCACAUCAUCGACCUCGACAUCAUGCAAGGCCUCCAAUGGCCGGGCCUCUUCCACAUCCUCGCGUCCCGUCCCGGCGGCCCACCGCGGGUCCGGUUGACGGGGCUCGGGUCCUCCAUGGAGGCGCUCGAGGCGACGGGGAAGAGGCUGUCGGACUUCGCGCAAACACUUGGUCUGCCGUUUGAGUUCUGCCCGUUGGCGGAGAAGGUGGGGAAUUUGGACCCGGACCGGCUCGGGGUGAACCGGCGGGAGGCUUUGGCCGUGCACUGGCUUCACCACUCGCUCUACGAUGUCACGGGCUCUGACACCAAUACCCUUUGGCUCCUCCAGCGGCUGGCGCCGAAGGUGGUGACCAUAGUGGAGCAAGAUCUAAGCCAAGCGGGCUCCUUCCUCGCCCGGUUCGUAGAAGCCAUCCACUACUACUCGGCUCUCUUCGACUCCCUGGGCGCCAGCUACGGCGAGGACAGCCAGGAACGUCAUAUCGUCGAGCAGCAGCUCCUCUCUCGGGAAAUCCGCAACGUGCUCGCCGUCGGCGGGCCGGCGCGGACCGGCGAUGUCAAGUUCGGCAACUGGCGAGAGAAGCUCAGCCAAUCCGGGUUCCGCGGCGUCUCCCUCGCCGGCAACGCCGCCGCCCAGGCCACCCUUCUCCUCGGCAUGUUCCCCUCCGACGGCUACACUCUUAUCGAAGAGAACGGCGCUCUCAAGCUCGGCUGGAAGGACCUCUGCCUCCUCACCGCCUCGGCCUGGCGGCCGCCGUCCGCCACCACCACUCCGCUUUGCACCUCUCGGUAGUCAGUUCCUAGUCGAGUUCAAAUGAGUCCGAUUCACUUGGUCACUUUGCCCAUUUGGGCUUCAAUUAGCCAGCAGCCAGUCGGCCGACCACCUCUUUCUUUGUGUACAUGAGACUCAUGUUUUGCCUAAUGAGAAAAUGGUGGUUGGGUGGAAGCAUAUA